UCUGUUAGGUUUCAAGCACUUUAAUGGAACACAAAUCAAACUGUAGCACGAAUGGAAAAGCCCAUGAAAGAAGAUUAAAAAAAAAAUCUUCUUCAGAGACUUUCCCCAACAGCACUUCCGGUCCUGUGGUUCAAUCCUCUUCUAACUUUUUCUAAGUAGGAUUUUUUUAAACAAGAUAUCUAAGUAUAAUUUGUAAAUAGAUCACCCUUUUAAAAACAAACAAACAACCCGCAAUGAAAUUGAGUGUUGCAAUCUUUUUCGGAGGUCUGUUUGGAGCUUUGGGGAUUUUGUUCUUUUUGGUUGCUUUUGGAACGGAUUACUGGCUUCUUGCUACAGAAGUUGGAAGGUGUUCAGACAAUUUGAAUGAGACCAGGGAAGAGAUUACUUACCAUCAUGAAGGUUUCUUCUGGAGAUGCUGGUUUACUGGGAGCAUAGAUGAGAAUACUAACAGUAUUUCGAAAUUUUGGUACACUAACCAGGCACCCUCUAAAAACUGCACCCAUGCCUAUCUCUCUCCAUUUCCUUUCUUCCGAGAUGAGCACAAUUCAACUGCCUAUGACUCAGCAAUUAUUUAUCGUGGUUUCUGGUCAGUUCUCCUGCUCCUGGGCGUGGUUACGGCGGUCUUUGCUAGUUUCUUCAUCAUCUGUGCUGCACCUUUUGGCAGUCAUGUCCUCUACAAAGUGGGGGGAGGAUUUUUCAUUUCUGCUGGCAUCUUGUUCACAUUGGUGGUAGUGAUGUAUGUCAUCUGGCUCCAGGCAAUGGCUGAUCUCGACAACUAUGUGACCAUAAAGAAAACAGACUGUCCAGACUUUACUAUCUAUGUACGCUUUGGGUGGUCUUUUAUUUUGGCUCCAGUGGGCAUAUUUUUUGCUAUGUUUUCAGGAAUGUUGUUCCUAUUGGUAGGGCGUACAAUUCAUCUGCACUCUAAUUAAUCCAUCGCCAAGUAUUUGAAUGAUUGGAAUCACGGUGAAGCUUCACAGAAAAACCAUUUUCCCUGUAUCACUCUCCCUUCUGUAGUGGAGUGUCAGCUGGUGCAGUUCUGGAUCUGCUUAGGUGACCCUUUAUGGUUUUUCUUAAAGGACACAAAACUCCCUCUGAAAUACUGUACUUCUGUCUUUUCAAACGUCUUCAGAUCUUUAUGAAUUACAUGCUACACUUUCCCUUCGCACCACACACUUUGCAAUUUUUACAUUUCCUUGUUGAAAAUGGGGGGGGGGGAACCAACAUGAAAUGGUUCAGACAAGAAUUAGAUUUUGAAUAAGGGACAAUUCAACAGUUACCAUCUUAAAGAAAAGUACACAUGUAAUGAAGUCCCACCUUUGUCCCACUGGCAUUCAUUUCUAGAAGAAAAGAGCAAGUACCCCAGAAUGUAGCGGUGUAAUGUCAACACGCACAUAAGAUCUGAGAAGUGCUGAAGGCUCUUUGAGACUAAACCUUUGUACCAAUCCUGGUGGGUCCCAACAGCCACACCGACAUGUAGUUAACAGCAACAAAAACUUUAAUGAGGUAGGUAGCCUGGAAAGCUCAGUCUCAGAAGGGAUGGAAGAUAAUAACUGGGUGACCGCUUAACUAGGCAUUUUGACACUUGAGUACGAAUGUAGUGGUUCCAGGCUCUUCUUCCCAGAACUCCGUAUCACAAUCAAUAUUAAUAAUCACAGGCAAUAUUAAAGUCUCUACCUUUCCUUCCCUUGUUCCAACUUCUACAAUCCCUAGUGGAGUAUUAUACUCUGAUAGAACAUGCAG